AUCACCUCCCAUAGUGUGUGCGUGUCUAUUCGACCGAUACGAAGAGAAAUCAACUCGUCCUACUUGUAUUUGUUGAAGUUAGCGAAAAACUACACCGAAUGAUGGAUAUAAAAAAAGUUUUCGUAGCCGACGCGGUCGAUUCCGCUUGCGUUGAACUUUUAAAGAAGUUUUCCAUACAAGUGACUUGUAAAUACAAGCUGCCCAAAGACCAAUUGAAAGCCGAAAUUGCGACCUACGAUGCUUUGAUUGUUCGCUCGGAUACUAAAGUUACAGCAGAUGUUAUAGAAGCUGGUAAAAAUCUCAAAGUGAUCGGUAGAGCUGGCGCCGGAGUGGAUAACAUUGAUAUCAAUGCUGCAACUGCCAAAAAUAUCCUUGUACUAAAUACUCCUGGAGGCAACGCAAUCAGUGCUUGCGAAUUAACAUGCUCCCUUAUAACGACUCUAGCUAGGAACGUUGUUCCAGCUGCAGCAUCCCUGAAGGCGGGAAGAUGGGACAGGAAACUUUAUUCUGGCCAUGAGCUCUAUGGCAAGACUCUGGGAAUCCUAGGUUUGGGAAGGAUCGGAAAAGAGGUCGCGCUCAGGAUGCAAUCUUGGGGAAUGAGAACGAUCGGUUUCGACCCAAUAGUACCAGCAGAGGAAGCCAAGAAAUUUAACGUACAAGCCUUAGAAUUGGAACAGAUUUGGCCGCAAGUCGAUUACAUUACUGUACACACUCCUCUAAUACCAGCUACGAGGAACCUCAUCAACGAAUCAGUAUUCAAGAAAUGCAAAAAAGGCGUUAAAAUAGUGAACGUAGCCCGAGGAGGGAUAAUAAACGAGACGGACUUACUGCAAGCCUUGAGGUCCGGGCAAUGCGGGGGCGCUGCGUUAGAUGUGUUCGAAGAGGAACCGCCCACGAAACCCAUCACGUUGGAGCUCAUCCAGCACGAGAAAGUUGUGGCGACUCCCCAUUUAGGGGCGAGCACCGCGGAGGCUCAAAUAAGGGUCGCGGUGGAGAUAUCCGAGCAAAUAAUCGCGCUUACUGGAAAAAGCAGCGAGUACACAACGUAUCCGGGCGUUGUUAAUCACAGCGUUUUGGAGAAAAUUAGAAAAUAAAAAUGUGUUGUAAAAUGCAGCAAUAAAGACAAAUAUAUACAUUGUAACCGAACUGAAUUGAAUUAUUAAAUAAAUUUUAUUUUAACGGGUAUUUGUAUUUUCUAUGUACACGCUCUAAAUUUGAAUUGUAUCGAAUCUAAUCCCAAUGGUAGACAUUUCCGGGCGUGAUACGUUUGAGGGAUUCGGUUUUGUCGCCGGCUCCGAUUUCUUUGGGUUUCGGUGCGACUAUUUCUGGAGGGCCAACUUCCCGUCUGGCAUCUCUCGUGAAAUAGUAAUUCGCAGCUAAUUUGUGGGCAGGCCCGUCCGGUAGGGCGGGCGCAGGCUGGGUUCUG